AUGUUCAAUCGCCUCCUCCAGCUCAUACUCGUCGGUGUUGCUCUAUCCCACGAGCUUGAUGGUUCAUAUGUCAACAAGACCGUGAGUGGACCUUUUCUGAAUUUGAUGUAUACAUUCUCGGACAAUGCUCAAAAAGUGGAGAUUACUUUCUCUUGUGGGUCUGGUGUCAGACCAACUAGGGCGACCUUUCCUGUCCUUAAGCGGGCUGAUACGCUCUACACGAUACCUACCACGAUUCCGGGAACCUCAACACCGAAGCCUGAUUGGACCGCCUUCGUAGAUAUCUUUGAGGUCAAAUGCUCAGGGUACAAACCUCUGAACGCAGCUGACUUGUGGCUUAUUACCUACGAUAAAAAGUUCGACCACUCGCAUGUUUCGCUCAAGAGCAAGCUCUUGAAGCUGGUACACAGAAACCCCCCUUCCCAUUAG